AUGGGAAUCCCUACCAGGGCCCCCCGCAGCCGCCGGCACCUCAGCAUUGGACUCAUCACGGCUCGCCGCAGCAGGGACACUAUGCCAACGGCAGAGGCCGCGGAGGCUACAACGACCGCUCUGGAUCCAAGCCUCCUCACGGGGGAGGUCCUGCUCGCCAAGGAUACGAGCAUGAGCCAGUGGCUCCAGUCGGAGGAAGCUUUGGCCAGCCGUUUCAUCAUGAUCCGCGCCCUCCACACUACCCUCCUGCGCAGUAUCCCUACCCCGGACCGCCGCCUCCUCCUCCCGCGCCUGUCCACCAGGAAGGCCACCAUGCACCAGCGCCAGGGUCCCACAGCCGAUAAACAGACUAAGAUAGAGUCUCCAUCUAUUGGCAGGAAGAAGAAACGUAAGACGAACACGCUGGGUUUGACGCCUGGCAUGGACUCCGAAUCGGAAGAUGACGAAGGGGAAGAGAAAGCUCUCGUUGAUCUCAUCGGCUCUGAAACUCUGCAUGUCAGGAUUACCGAUAUUGCUGCCUUUUUGACCGAGCGGCGGAAGAACUAUCCCACCAAGGCGCGCAUCGAGGCCAAGAAAGCUGCCGAGCUGGCACGAAGAGACGAGGACAAGGCUGCCUCGCUAGAGAAACAGGCCGACAGACUUCGGAGACAGCUUCGCAAAGUCGAGUCUUCCAUCAAGCGAAAGCGCGAGCAGGGAGACGAAGGUGACGAGAUGAGAGAUUCCUCCGAAGGCGAGUCAGAAGAUGAGAGGCCCGAAGUCAUGUCUUCUCGUCCUGAUGCCGCCACGCCGCCUCCUCCCGCCCAAAAGGCCGAUGUGACGAGGCACUGCAAAUACUAUUCCACUGGUGGUACUUGCGGCAAGAAGGGCAAGUGCCGCUUCGUCCAUGACCCGGAAGCUCGAGAGGCGGCAAUGAAGGAGCGUGAAGCCAACGAUGGUCGCAUGACGAUUCAGCAACGUCUGACUCUCAACGACAAGGAACAGGAGGACUUGACAGUACUCCAGUCCAUCCAGUAUCUUCGCGAAAAGGGCGUGAUGAUGUCGGCUCCCGCCUCUCACGCGAACCACUACCAAGCCGUGGAAUCAAAGGACCGACACCGAAGCAUGGACGUUGACAUGGAGGAUCCACGGCCUGCACCGACGUCCAGUCUUUUGCCUGCUCCCCCCGCCUCGUUGCCGGACCCGCCCAUUAAGAGGGAGGCCGGCUCGGCACGUCGGAACCCGCCGCCCUCUGUCAUUCCGACUGCUAAUAGUGUCAGCAGUCAGGGACUAGAGCACUACCAGGGUUGGCUGCUGCAGCCGUAUGGAAGCACCAACGGCAAGCAGUCUAUGAGUGAUGAUCUGCCUUGA